AUGCUCACCGAGUUUACGGCAUUUCUUGAGAAGUCCGAUCAGUUUAUGUGGGACUGGUAUCAAAAGGUCGACCAGGGCUCAAGGGACUCACGCUUCGUUCAAUUUCUUGUAUGGCGUGCAAAGAAGACCGGCGAGCCAACAUUGGCAGAGAUACCAGAGAUCUUCGGCAAAGUCCAGUCAGAACCAGAAGAUAAUGGUGUGAAACGUAUCACCGACAAGCAGUUGGCCAAUGCGAACGAAGUCAUGAACAGUGACGAACGUAUUGAUCAAUUUCUGACCGCGCGUUUUGACCCUGGGCUUGAUUCGUGCCCAUAUGACGUCCGCCAAGAACGCGCCUGCUUCCAGAAUUUGCUGUCUUCAGGAAAAUUGGGAGCCGUUCUGGAUCAAAUCGCCGCUUUAGAGAAAGAAAAAUUGUCCUGCUCAAAGACUGUGGGUCCAGCUUGUGUAGCUAUCAUUCGUCUUGGAAAGAGAUCAGCAGGGCAGGAUUUCCAAAAGUUGGCCGAAUAUGCACGAAAGCAUGCAAAACGCCAAUGA